AUGAGGCCGAUGCAACUGGAUAUGUUGGCGGAGAUGGAUGAUGCAGGUUCGUCGAUGGCCAUGGACGUCGAUGACAUCGAAGCUAUGGAGAUUCUCAGCGAAGGAGGACAUAUCUCUGAGAACAAGCUCGCGAAUCAGAGAAGGCAUAUAGCGCGUACAAAGAGGCCGAAUUAUGGUUUAACUGAUGAGGUUCCAUCGGAAGUUCGAAGAUCUAAGAGAACCUCUCAGGUGGUCUAUGAAGACUCGGACCCAGAAUCUUCAGAGAACGAAGAAGCAGGAGGCAACGAUGGAGGCGACGAAAGCAGCCGAACCGUCACAGACGACGGCGCAUCCGAUUCUUCAAUGGGAGAAGAGCAAGAGCAAGAAGCAGAGGUGGCGGAAGCAGAUGAGGGAGCAGAGAAGGAGGCAGAGACAGGCGUUGAGGAACAAGAGAAGGAGGCAGAGAAGGAGGCGGAGAAGGAGACAAGCGUUGAGGAACCAGAGAAGGAACAAGAGAAGGAACCGGAGGGAGAAAAGAAUGAAGCGGCUAAGGAGGCAGAGGAGGAAGAGGCAGAAGAGGCAGAGGAGGAAGAGGCAGAAGAGGCAGAGGAGGCAGAAGAGCGAAUCGGUAAUUCUCCUUCAAUAAUGCGAUGGAGCAGUCUUAUAAGAGUAGGAGGCAGAUUGCUGAAGGUCCCUAACAAGUCUGUGGCUGCUGUUUUAUCUAAAGCUAAGGAGAUAGAGGAAGCUAAGGAGGCAGAGGGAGCGAAGGAGGCAGAGGGAGCGAAGGAGGCAGAGACAGAAGGGACAUCUUCCUCUGUGGUGGGUAAGCAGGUGUAUCGAAGGAAAAAAAAAGGGUUCACAGUCCCAAGUGGAGAAAGAGGCAGCCGACGAACCCCAGAAGAGGAAGAUAAAACGUUUCCAGCAUGUGCGACCUCCUUACACAGAGGAAAAGGCCAAGAGGGGCAGGAAAAAAUAGUCUAGUUGGACUUAAAACAUUUUCUAUUUUGGUUUUCAGUUGGACUAAAACUCGAAUGCUGAUAUGUUGUUAUGUCGUUAGGAUUUAAAGUUUGGAUUUAAUGUUUGGAUUUAAACGUAUUUCAUUUGGUAUGGUGUUCUAAUUUGUUUGAUUUGGAUUUCGAAUGUUUGAUUUGAUUUGAUAUAAACACUAAAA